AUCCAGAGGAUAUGUUUUGAAGCUACGCCAAAUGAAAGCGUGACAUUUGACAGUUUCGUGGAUUGUCCUGUUUUGAGGGUCAUUUUUGUACGUUUAAAACCAACUUCAAAGUGUAGGUCUUUUUUUCAGUGUUAGCCAUAAGAAUGAGCUGACAAUGAUCCGGCCAACCUUUGUUUUGGAUGUAAUAUUUCUCCAUUAUGGCUCACCUGAAGUCUCUUCUAAUUCGGAUGUAUGAGCUUAGAAGAUAAGGAGGUUACAGAUACCUCACAGAGGUGUUUGAAAAUUUAACAGGAUGAUUUGGGGAAGGUAUGUGUUAGCUGUUGGGCGCCAGUUCUGCAGAUGCAGAGUGAGCAGUCAUAUAAAAAGACAGUACAGCUUUCUCCCAGAUGAAGUCAAAUCACUGCGGACUGUGGUCAACCCUGACAUAUCCAAGAUUCGAAACAUUGGCAUCAUGGCUCACAUUGAUGCGGGAAAGACAACAACCACAGAGAGGAUGCUGUAUUACUCUGGUUAUAUAAGGGCACUAGGAGAUGUAGAUGAUGGGGAUACAGUCACAGAUUUCAUGGCUCAAGAGAGGGAGCGAGGCAUCACCAUACAGUCAGCAGCAGUCACCUUUGAUUGGAAAAGUCACAGAAUAAACCUCAUAGAUACUCCAGGACAUGUUGACUUCACUCUUGAAGUAGAGAGGGCCCUUCGUGUACUUGAUGGUGCUGUUGCAGUGUUCGAUGCGUCUGCUGGUGUUGAGGCUCAGACUCUGACUGUUUGGAGACAAGCAGAAAAGCACCAUGUUCCCUGUAUCUGUUUCCUCAAUAAGAUGGACAAGUCAACGGCAGACUUAGGUUUUUCCAUUCAAAGCAUAAGAGACAAAUUGAAAGCCAACCCAGUUCUACUCCAGACUCCUAUCGGCAGUGGCAAGAACUUCACAGGCGUGGUUGACUUGAUAACCAACCAGAAGUUGAUAUGGAAGCAGAAAUCAGUGGGAGACGACGGACGUGCAUAUGAAGUCAAACCACUGAAUGAGUUAGACGACGCAGCUGUCCUGCAGGAGGCCAAAGGGGCCAGAUCAGCUUUAAUCGAGCAGGUUGCUGACUUAGAUGAUGAGUUUGCUGAGCUGUUGCUUAAUGACUUCAUUGAGAAUUUGGAUGCAGUUCCCUCCAUCAAACUUCAAGCCGCUGUGCGUCGAGUGACUCUGGCUCGUAAAGGCGUCCCAGUGCUCUUAGGAAGCUCUUUAAAAAACAAAGGUGUUCAGCCUCUUUUAGAUGCCAUCACCGCCUACCUUCCUGCCCCCAAUGAGCGGCACCACGACCUUGUACAAUGGUACAAGGACGACUUAUGUGCUCUGGCCUUCAAGGUCCUCCAUGACAAGCAGCGUGGUCCUUUGGUGUUUCUUAGAAUAUACUCUGGAACUUUGAAAGCACAGACAGCCGUCCAUAAUAUCAACAGGAACAGCAUUGAGAGGAUGAGCAGGCUGUUGGUGCCGUUUGCUGAUCAGCAUGUAGAAAUCCCCUCAAUGCCGGCGGGAAACAUCGCCUUGACUGUUGGCCUCAAGCAGACAGUCACAGGAGACACCAUAGUUUUAUCCAAGGCUUCAGCAGCAGCCGCAGCUCGCAGGGCUCAAAAUAAAGCAGACACAGGAAAAAAGCGUGGAGAACAUGCAAGUGUUAUUCUCUCUGGAGUGGAAGUGCCUGAUCCUGUUUUUUUCUGCACCAUCGAACCACCGACUAUGGCCAAACAGGCUGAUCUAGAGAAUGCUCUUAACUGCCUCCAGAGAGAAGACCCCAGCCUUAAAGUCAGGGUUGACCCUGAUUCUGGGCAGACCGUUCUGUGUGGGAUGGGGGAACUACACAUUGAGAUUAUCCAUGAUCGAAUAAGGAGAGAGUAUGGCAUUGAGACUCACCUUGGCCCAUUGCAGGUGGCUUAUAGAGAGACUAUUGUCCAGCAUGUUUCGACCACAGACACCCUGGACCGAACAAUUGGGGAAAAAAGACAUGUUGUGACAGUAGAACUGUCUGUCAGACCUGCUGCAGAUGCGGGGGGUUCUUGUCAAGUGGAAUUUGAAGAGCAAACAGUAGAGCUGUCACCAGAAAUGAAAGAGGCAGUGGAGAAUGGAGUGCACAGCUCGUAUCUCCAAGGUCCGUUGCUAGGUUACCCACUACAGGAUGUCUCUACACUGAUCCAAAGUGUCCAUGUAGAAUCAGGAACAUCUCUGGCCAUGGUGUCAGCCUGCGUGUCCCGCUGCAUGCUCAAGGCCUUGAAGUUAGCUGGGGGUCAGGUACUGGAGCCUGUGAUGUCACUAGAGGUGACUGUCGGAGAGGAUUACCUCGGUUCUGUGCUGGGGGACUUAGCCCAGAGACGAGGAACUGUCAGGGACAUCCAGAGUCGUCAUGACAACAAAGUACUGCUUGCAACUGUGCCCCUGGCUGAGAUGAUGGGCUACUCCACCAUCCUGCGAACACUGACAUCAGGCAACGCUACCUUCUCCCUUGAGCUGGACUCGUAUGAAGCUAUGAACCUCCAGGACCAGAACACCCUCCUAAAAAGAAUGUCUGGUCUGCUGUGAUGUGUGGAGUACUGGGACUAGUAGCUUUGUGAAACUAAUACCUGAACAGGCCUUUUCAGGAUUUAGACAAAAAGUAAAAGUAAG